ACCCAAACCCGACGACGACGCCGGCUUCCGGGUUGUUUCUCUUAGCUCUCCUGUUCGCCUCUCUCUCGCGUCCUUCCAUCGCCUUAAAAGAGAGAAGCGGAAACCCUAGCUCCGGCUGCCGAAUGGCGAACAGCAAUCUACCUCGACGAAUCAUCAAGGAAACGCAGCGCCUCCUCAGCGAACCAGCUCCUGGCAUAAGUGCCUCUCCGUCAGAGGACAAUAUGCGCUAUUUUAAUGUAAUGAUUCUUGGACCGGAGCAAUCUCCAUACGAAGGAGGAGUUUUCAAGCUUGAAUUAUUCUUGCCUGAAGAGUAUCCAAUGGCUGCCCCAAAGGUUCGCUUUCUUACCAAGAUUUACCAUCCUAACAUUGACAAGCUUGGAAGAAUAUGCCUUGAUAUUCUUAAGGACAAAUGGAGUCCAGCUCUCCAGAUUCGAACUGUGCUGCUGAGUAUUCAAGCACUUCUGAGUGCUCCAAAUCCGGAUGACCCACUUUCUGACAACAUUGCCAAGCAUUGGAAGACAAAUGAAGCUGAAGCUGUAGAAACAGCCAAGGAAUGGACCCGUCUGUAUGCCAGCGGGGCAUGAAUGACAACAUUGCAGCUGCACUUUGCUUGUUAUAACGUGUCUACUUUGGAAGUCAAUUCAGCAAUUGCUUGCUUGUAACAAUGAAAUGGAAGUGUUGGAUUUGCUGGCUGUCAGAUGUUAAUCCUUCAAGCUGCUGUUAUAUACUAUAUGAUGUAAGUCACUUUGUUGGGUUGAAGGUGCGUUUUCAUAUAUGCAUCGGUAGUCAAAAUUUCCUGUUUUAAGUCCCCCUUUUGCUAGCAAGGAAUAUUCAGUUUCAUAAUAAUAUAGGUACAUUUUACUAUUUUCAUAUAAAAUAGCAGAUAUUGGAACUCGAGGCAGGCAGU